AUGGAAUGGGCCUCGAGUUUAAUAUCAGAAAUUUAUAAAUAUCUCAAGCAUCGUGAUGAUACAGGUAUUGAUCGUCUUAAUCGUUUAUAUACAGUAGCACUUCUAUCAGCAUUUGUUACAUUAAUUUCUUCUCAACAAUAUAUUGUUGGUGAACGUAUUAUUUGUUGGACACCAAAAGAGUUUACUGGUGCACAUAAAACUUAUGCAUAUGAUAUUUGUUGGUUAGGUCAUAGGAAUUAUUAUGUACCAGAAAAUAUUACUAGAUUAGAUAAUCCAUCAUCUCCAAGAUCUCAUCCAUUUUUAAUUUAUCCAUGGCUUCCAAUAAUUUUAAUUUGUAUGACAGUAAGUUUUACUUUGCCAUAUUUACUUAUUUGGCAUGGAUUAUCAACAAGAUCAGGUAUUGAUAUAAAACGAUUAAUAGAAUUAAAUGAUGGUGACGUAUUAUCUCGAUCAAUUCAUUUUAUAUUAUUUAAAAAAUAUUCAAUGAAAAAUAAUGGAGGAAUCUAUGUAAUAAGUAUAUAUUUAUUAAUGAAAAUUUCUUAUAUUAUUAUUUUAUUUGGUCAAAUUAUUCUUAUAAAUAAAUUAUUAAUAGGAGAAUAUUUUAAAAUUAAUAUUGAACAAAUUUUAAAAAUUUUAUCAGUUAAAUAUAAUAUGUGGUCAUCAGCUUAUUUACCAAUUGAAACAAUGUGUGAUUUUAUGAUUCGAAUGUUAGGUCAAAAUAAUAAUUGGUAUACAAUACAAUGUAUUUUACCAUUUAAUUUAUUUACUACACGAAUAUUUGCUUUAUUAAUCAUAUGGUUUAAUAUUUUAAUAAUUUUAAAUAUAAUUGAUUUGAUAUAUAUUUGGUUAUGGCGACGAUUAUGGUUAAGUUCACAUAGAUAUGAUUAUAUUUUUAAUUUAUAUAAUUUAUAUGAAACAUAUCUUCAGAAAAAUAGAAAUAAUCAAAUGACACAAUUAUACACUCAUAAUCGAAUACUUCGUCAAGAAUUUGCUUAUAAUUAUUUCAAAAUAGAUGGUUAUUUAUUACUUAAACUCUUACAUGCUAAUUCAUCAAAUAUUAAAAUGAGUUAUCUUGUUGCUAAUCUUUUUAAUCAAUUUUUACAAGCAAAAACUUCACAAUCUAAAAUAAUUAAAAAACAUAAUAAUAAUACUUUUGUAUAA